AACCGCAUACACCGCAGACGCCCCCUUCGGCGUCUUCAACGUUAGCAGUUACCCUUUCCCGGCCUUGUUUACGCUGGCUGUAAAGGGAGCGCGGAUGCUCUGCCAUUCAACGUCGCGUUACCAGCGAUUGGCACUUCCAAAAUUCGCAAUCAUUAGACAGAUGACGGCUUCAGAGCCCUAAAUGACUCCAGCCAUGCAGUCCAAGAAGCAUAUGAAGGCCGUGUUCAAGGAAGUCAAAGAUGGGAAACAAUCGAGGGUCUUCAUGCAGAGUGAUGUGGACAUUCCAAAGAUUGACAAGUAUUCCGUUUUGGUUAGCGUGAAAGCGUGUGGUCUUUCCAACAGUGAUGACAAGGUGCUGAAAGUCCUGUACAAGGACCAGUCAAAGACGAAGUACCCGAUAUGUCACGAAAUCGCUGGCGUGGUGGUCGAGGUUGGAGAUUGGGUUACAACUGUGGAUCGUGGGGAUGAAGUAGUGGGUUUGAUUCCUCUCGACUACGGCCAGUCUGGAUGUGCUGAAUACGUACGUCUCAAUGAAUAUGAUGUCACCAAGAAACCACCAGAUGUGAGCUUUGUCGAUGCCGCUGGCUGCAUUGGUGAUGCCGUGAAGGCCUACACGGGCUUGCAUUACCUUGGGCGUCUCACAAGCGGUGAUACUGUUCUAGUCAUGGAUGGAGCAUCUUCGUUUGGAGCUAUCGCCAUUCAGCUGGCUCAGCAUUGGGGUGCCAAGGUGAUCACCACAGCGAGCUCGGAUGAUGAAGUGCUUUACCUCGAAGGGCUCAAGGGCCAGGUGGCUCGGGUUGUGGACCUUCGCAAGACGGACAACGCUGUUUCCGGCACCGACUUCCACCCGGCUUACAUGAUUGGCUCAGGCAGCAACAACAACAACAACAAUGCCAACAACAACACCGGUGGGAGUGCCUGCGCGCUUCUUCCGGCCUGUAUGCAGGAGUCUGGAGGCCUAGGAAUAGACCUCGUACUGGACAAUGGUGUGACGCAGUUUGCGGAGACGAGCUACCGCAUUCUGGUGGAGGACACUUACGAUCAUCCGGUGCCAAGCAAGCACGACAUCGUCUCCUGCCUUGCAGUGGGUGGCCGUUGGAUCACUUCAAAGAGCGAUCUGCAGCUGGAUCCGCCACAUUCCCAGAUGAUGUACAUGAAGUGUGCCUCAAUUGGAUUCCUUUUCGAGCAAGCUUGGAUCCUGUCAUCAACGCAACAGGGCCGUUACUUGCACAUACUGAUGGACAUAAUGGAGAAGGUUUCCAGUGGUGUGAUCAGGCCGAACAUCCACCACACCAUUUCUUUCGAGGACGUUCCAGACGCUCUCAAGAGCCUUACAGAUAAGAGGGUCGGCAAAGUCGUGAUGAAGAUGAAGUGAACGAAGCAGCUUGCCGCGGCCACGCAGUGGUGCUACAACUCGACGCCUCUCGCUCGUCACAUUCUCGUUACCACAUGGGCUCCCUAAGCCCCUUUCUUCGUCUCUCUAGUAGCCAGUAGCUUCGAGACUACCUCUAGUUGUUUGUGACGUCUUUUUCCAGCGUUUGCCUCAGCGGCACUACCGCACUCGCUCUCAAUUCAUUCUGCUUUUGUCGCCCGCUCCUCGAACACCGUAGUGCUUGCCACCGAUGGUGGUCCCAGUUUGCGACACCGUUAGGAUAGUACACGUGCAAUACGCUAGCAAAAAAUGCACACCUUAACUUGCUCAUUUGUGUAGCACUUGUCGUGUGACGUCCUUGUGAUAGAAGCACUCGGCUACGAUACUCUCUAAUCCCCUCGCAUGAGCUGUUGAGACUAGUUAACUAUAGUUAUACAUGUUUGGUUUUUGUACAGAAAGCUAGUUUCGGAACAUUCUGACGAUGAUUUGUUUGAAAAACGUUUUUGAUGUUUAGGCACCGCUUGCGUCUCUAGUUUGUCGCUAGUCAUCGCGGGGCAUUGUGAACGAAUAGCACUGUAUGUAUGUGCACUUGAUUGAGUAGUAGCCUGACGGGCCAGUCAAUACGUAUCCUAUCGCAAGCACAUUGUAGAGAGUGAAGGGUGAGUGGUUGCUUCUGUUGUCGUGUGCGCAUUAUGGUGGAUGCAGAGAAUGAGUGAUGGUUUCUGCUGUUGCAUUUACAGAGCUUGAAAUCUCUGAAACAAGACAAAAGUAUUAUACGAAAGGAGGCCUAGGCACAUGCGUGCUUUGACUGAAUAGAGGAAAUCUCUGACAAUGCAGGUCUGUCUGUAUAUACGAAAAGCCCGUCCCGGUGUCGUUAACUCUCAUUGACGUACCCACUUUUGUGUUUAUUUGGAGCAGCAAUUUGUUAAAUGUUGGCUGUGAGAAAGUGCUUUUUGAAGCGUCUUCUUUUACGUUCGCCUAUCGAUCAGCAUUGUGAACAAAAGCAGUACUUGUGCAAUUUAUUUGUGGGCCUUACAUCAAGUACUGACCACUGUGGCUGUGCUGUACGUUAUACAUUCCCAUCUCUGAGCAAUUUUGAUGUCGUGUUCAAAAAAUGUCAUUUGUUUCCUGCCUCAUGGUGAACUCUUGUUGUGAACGCCAUGUGAGCUGUUGAGUUCCAAGAAACAUGCUUGUUUGUUUGUCUGUUUAAUGCAGAAUUUGUAGUCUGGAAAGUAGAGCCUUAGCCGCAUGUAAAGAGACUCGGAAUUAUGUGGGAUAUUGGUGGAUGGAAAACACAAGUUCUGAACAUGGAUAUUAUGAUGUGAAGGAGUAAAAAAAAAUGAGUACAGUACUACAACACCGCGAACUUAUUCCCCGAUAUGGUGUCAUUCCAUACAAUUGUUUCACAUGACACUGACGUUUUGCAGUUUAAAAAAGCACAGGUUUUCUCUACACACUCCUCACUUCCACUUCUAUCUAGUGAUGUUUUGCUUGGGUUUCAUCAUUGAGAAGUUGCUGUUCUUUUCUUGACUUCGUUCAGUUUGAUUGUGCCAUUGUAGUUUACUUUACUAGAUGUAUGAAGUGUUUCAGUAAUGCCUUGGUGUAAAACUUGCAUUAAGAUACAAUACUUUAUGUUUACCGGUAGCAACAUAGUCACUGUUAUCAUUUUUAAAUGACAAUUUUGGAGUGUGAGAGCACACUGGAAAAAUGAUGUCCUAGAGGCAGGUAUAGUUCCUGGCCACAGUUUUCGAAAUGGACCCGACAUUUCGGGACCCGUUCGGUUCCUUCCUCGGGGGAACUGUAUUGGUUGUGGUAGCGGCAUUGCUUUAACAACCAAAGUUGGUCAUUCUUUGGCAGUGACAUUCAACACAAGAAGGUGUCGCCAUACCAUUUCAUACCUUCUCAACACUUUCAGAUUCUAAAAAUUAUUUUUGUCCAGCCUAUCCACCAUACGUAAGUUUCGUGGCAAUUUUACGGUGAUCACCACGAAGCUUUUUAUUUAGAUACGCUGGGCAAGUCACACUAGUAGAGGUUCGCAGUGACAGUACCCCGCAAACUUACAAAUUUUCUCCGAUCAUAUCCUUUUAGAAACUGUUGUAGCUCAUGCAUUUCAUACAUACUGAUCUUAAUUUUCUUCUCUCUGCACCGUCUUUUUGCUAACUAUGGGGCUACCGUCCCUUCUCCGAACACAAGUUUCUAUCGCAUCAAUUUUACAAGUGAACUAUUUUCACUGUCAUCCUUUGCCUCAAGUUCCCACACAUUUUUCUCGCAGUUUGGGGCAAUUUAGAAAGUUUAGUGCUGCAGUUAAUUGAGAUGUAGCUACAUACUACUCGUGAUCCCAUAACUGCAUUAUUUACUCAUCCAUCUGUUCAACUAACUUUCUUUAAUGCUGCAUGCUGUUUUCUUGCAAGUUAUUCCACUUCUGCCACAACAAUCUCAACCACAAUACUCGGCACUGUUGCUGAAAGAUGUCUCUUAAGCAGCAAAUGACUAGAAGCUUGCAAGAUGCGAACUUAGAACUAGCAGGGGUCACCAUAUGCUUGUGCAUCCUCUCUGCCAACAAAGCUGACAGUGAGAUAGUAUAUGCCACUUUACAUUUAUUUGAAGCAGAACUAGGAAUGAUUGCAAGUCUUGUUUAAAAGGAUGAGACUACUUUACAGGCGUAGUUGAGUGGGUGUUUUGGAGUACUCCGUUAGCACUACACAAGCCGUAUAGAACACCAUUAGGCCAUACUGCGAGAACAAGUGAUGUGUAUCGGUGAUACUGAAGCCAGUUCCUCGCUACUAUAGACCCACUCCAUUCUUGUAACACAAUGGAGUUGUCCUUUACACGACUUGUGUAGCACUUUUGGAGAAGUCUGCAACAGCCAGCUGAAUAUGCCCUAAGACAUUGGGGUGAGAUUGUUGGUAAUCGAUACUGUUCCCACACAGCGCCAAUGAUGUCAUGAUAUCAUUGCACUUGACUGCAGGGACUCGGCAGGAGUUUAUGGCCACACACUGCAUAUGCGCGUCAACUUAGCCAUGACCAUGCCAUCGGUUCUUUUAGCUUUGCUGGGAUUUGCUUGUUGACUUAUGCAAAAUUUCUGGCGAAUGUUCUAGAGGCAGGAAAGGUUGUGAAUUGCAUUGAAAUUUGGUUCUUCUCGCCAGUCCCUUUGGAAAAUGCUACGCCGAGCUUGCAACCCAAGUAUGUAACUGCUUAAAUACAGUCAAAACAGUUUGUUAAAUUGGUACUGUGCCAAUUUGUUAGAAAUAUGUUCACUAACAGAAUCGAGGCUCAACAACUUUGCAUCUAGCAAAAUUGCAGGAAACCAACGGUGUUUGCAAUUUAAAGGUAUCGAAAAUUGGUGACAUAAAAUGUGCAUAUAAGUAGUUGGUGCCAACCACAUACCUAUGCCACGAGGGCACAAAGGGUGACAUCAACUGCUUAACACCUUAGAGUUAACUGUCAUUCGCAUGGUGCCAAAUGGACAUACUUAACAGCAUCACAGUUUAAUGCUAUUUAUGGCAUAGUGCAUCCUCGCCUCUCAUUUGACUUUUGAAUCCAAUCAGCUUCUCCUAGUGUCUGCAGGUUACGGCUGCAUACGAAUAACGCAUUUCUACAUAAAUCUGUCCUCUCACUGUUUUUGUUGCCAUUCCUUGCACCUUUAUCACCUAAUCCCAAGUGUUGCAACUGUUAUCGUUCAGUUGUGAAGCGUGUCUUGGCAAUUGAAGCGUGUCCCCACACCUCCUGCUGAUAUCCCCAUGACAACAAAAGUUUUGUCCUUGGUGUGCUUUAACUCAAGAUGACUUUUUCUUGGGCCACUUUACUAAUACUUGGUGAAGCCAUUGUAUCUCAAAUAAAACAGACCCAGAAAUAAGGACAAGCCCACACUGUCUUGUCUUAUGUUCACUGUCUGUUUUACUUGCGCUGGAAUGGCUUUCAGCAAAGAAAGGUUUCCAGCAGGCUUGCACACUACCAUCUUUAAGUGAAUACCGAACAACAAAAGUGGGACCGAAAGUAUAAGGUGUGUCAACAAUUUUUAUGGUGUCUGAACAUUUGAUGGAUGGCUUAUUGGCGAGGUACAUUAGAUGUCAAACAACAGCAUAAAGAUUGUACUGUAUUCUGGUGCUUCUUUGUAAAUGUCGCAAAGUGUAUUCCAUGUAUACGUGUUCGAAGAAGUUGUCUCAACCUCAAAACAUGUCU